AUGGACUUUGACGAUGACAACGACCCCGUAUGGGACCGGUUCUUCGCUACCGAGAAACUCCUCGAACUCAACACAAUCGGUGCCGUCGCCGGUGCUCUCGAGCGCUUUGAAGACAUACUUCUUAAGUCCCGAAAGGACGACUGCCGUGUGCAAGACAUCAUUCCCCAUAUCCUGCUGCGCCUCGGCCGCGAACAGGAAUGCUACGAUUUCCUCAAGUGCCGACCCUUUCGAACCUCUCAACAAGCUCUGAGCCUUAGCCAGCUUGUGGCUCUCACCCUUCUGAAAGUGCGCCUCUAUCUCGACAUCGGGGAAUAUUCGGACGACCAUAACUUUACAGACGCUGAUGAGCCUCAUCCCGUCCGCCAGCGACCGGUGGGAAGGCUUGUACGGGCAAAGAGGCAAUAUUCUAGGCUUUCACGGAUGGUAAACGAUGCCAAUCCGUACCUCUGGGAAGCUUUGGUUAAAGAAGACAAUCCUUCCCUGCCAAUCUUCCACCCCCCUCGUUCUAAAGAGGAGGCGGAUCUGGUUCUCUGUCGGUGUCUACAUGCCUGGCAAGAAACGACAGGUGCCAUUGCCUUGAUUAAUGGAGAGCGCUCCAAGUUUACCCGCGUGGUGGGGGGAGUACAUGGAGUCUACCGAGUAAUCACUGCUGAUGGCAGGGAUAGCCUGCAAUCGGGAGAGAAGACGGAGGGACUGCCGAAAAGACGAAGCACCGGAAGUGCGUUUCCAAAGAGAUUCAACCCUCCAAAGCCUAGAUCGGAGCCACUUGAGCUUUUCCCCCCAACUCCCACGGUCUCCGGCCAUGUCCGGUUCAUCCACCGCAACGACGGAAACAGGGUACUCGCAUACACCGAUGGCGCUUGUAUCAACAAUGGGCAGCUGGAACCUCGCGCAGGCUGGGCCGUUGUGUUUGGAAAGCCUGGAAGUGACCAGGAGGGCAGCCAAAAUGUUGUGUCCAGCCGCCUUGAGAACGAGGGCCCGUUUGGGGAUGACAGCGUAGCGACCAGCAACCGAGCUGAGCUGCGUGCAGCAAUUGCCGCUCUUCGAGUUUGCGACUGGCACGAUGAGGGGUUCAAAAACAUUGUUAUUGCAACCGACUCUUCCUAUGUGGUUCAGGGCGCCACCAGCUGGGCCAAAAACUGGGUACGCAAGGGAUGGACGACACGCGUCGGGGGUAAUGUCAAGAACAAAGAUCUGUGGGACCUAUUACUCGGUGAGGUGGAAAGGUUGAAGCAACAGGGACUGAGUGUUGAUCUCUGGAACAUCCCAAGGGAGAACAAUACAGAGGCUGAUGCAGCAGCCAAACAAGCAGCCCAGAACGAGAUAGACAUUGCUCACUUUGCAGACAUCACAGCGGGAUCUCCUCAGAUCGACAUUGUUAGCAAGGAAACAAUCGACAGCGACCUGCUCCCUCGCAUGCUUGUGUUUUGUCUUGAGUACGAGGAUCUGUUCGACAGUUGCUUUGGAAGCCUCGUCGCAGAGAUCAAACCGAAAGCCAAGAUGGAACGAGCCUCGACACUAGAAGCUGCCCUCGCCAUACUUGGCGGAAAGUCACCUCCUGACAUCAUCCUCGUCGCCGAUGGGGGCAUUACACGACAGAAGGAAGUCAGGAGAGUCGUCAUUGACCACCUCCGCGAGGGGGCCAGGGUCGUGCUGGCAGGCUGUUUUAGCAGCAUGGUAGGAGGAGACGAGUUCAAUUACUUCUUCUCCGAGGCGGGCCUCCGCUGGCAAAGGGGAUCGUACCACCGUGCAACCGUCACCUUCCGUUCCGCUUAUCUCGACAACAAGCUAAUGAACCACCUCACCCCCUCGUACAUCCAAAAGGCGCUCUUUGUGAGCAACAUCAGGAAGGAACAUGUCUGGUACGCUGAACCCGGAGUGCCAAACGAGGCUGCAGUGGCAUGGGCCUGCGUUGGGCUGGGCCGGCUGGGCUAUAUUGGUGACGUGAACGGAGAGGAGGCAUCCAACAAGGUGGUGUUGGGCUUGUGUGGGGGGCUCCUAUGA